AUUUGGCUUCAAAAUGAUUGACACUGGAUCCAGGGUUAUAUGAAGAUGGUUGCUUCUAAAGGGGACACCAAUAUAUUUACACCAAGAAAACAGAAAUCUGGUCAGAACAAAGAUCCUUAGAGUUGCAAUAUUAGCAGCACAUCAAAGGCACACAAUACGUCCUUAUGUGCUAGGUCAUUAUGGGAGAAGCAGCAUCGGCAGCAGCAGCAGGUCAAGCACAGUUUUCUCAGCUCCAAGUCACAGUACAAUCAGCUAAAAUCACUGCGAGUAGUGGACUGCUCGCCUCCAAGCCAGAUACAUUCGCAGAAGUAAGCGUUGACGCACAACCACCAAGAAAAACAGAUGUCGCGAAGAAAAGUUCUACUCCAAAAUGGGAAGAGGACUUCACAUUAUUGGUCACCCCAUAUUCAAAGAUAGAGAUAAAGGUGUUCAGUCAGAACACUAUACGUGCUCCCACUCUGAUAGGGUCCAAUACCAUAGAGCUUCACGCCAUCCUAUUGGAGAAUCAUGGCAAAUUGAAUCAUACAGGCAAAGCAUUUGAGGUAACCCAGGAGGGAAAAGGGAAAACUGGUGAGGUAAACAUAGAAUUUCAUGGGAUGGAGGUUAACAUGACUCGGUUUCCACGCCGAAACAUCAGCAGAAACUCACAGGCACAGGCUAAUGGGCAGGUCCCAAGUAGCAGCACUGGUAGUCACAAUACCCAUGGUAACAGCCGCAACCGCACUCGUAACACCCGUGGUCCUGCCCCUCCUGUCCCUCCGCCCCCAAACCGCUCGCAGGGCUCCAAUCCCCAGGGGGCUGGCUCUCCCGCUGCCAGUGCUGCCAAUCCCAAUAGAAGAACAGUUAUAGGUACAACAUCACCUCCAAGCUAUGCCUCAGGUGGUAAUACUACAGCCCCCACACCAACUUCACAACAGAAUGGUGUUGUUUCCAAUGCAACUUCAGGAUCAGGGGCCGCAGGGGUUGCAGCUUCAACACCCACAACAGGGGGUUCUCCGCCAGUAGGUCCUCCACCAGGAACACCCCCUACAGAACAGAGCACCAACAACGAACCUCUCCCACCUGGUUGGGAGAUGAGAACAGAUGGACACUCAAGGCCAUACUAUGUGGACCACAACACACGAACCACAACGUGGGAACGUCCCCAGGCCUUGCCCCCAGGUUGGGAGAGGAGAGUAGACCCUCGCGGUAGAGUGUACUAUGUUGAUCACAACACACGCACUACCACGUGGCAACGCCCAAAUAUAGACAUGGUCAACAACUAUCAGCAGUGGCAGGAGUGGCGCAACAAUCGUUCUAUAGCCCUGGAACAGCUACAGAACCGUUUCCUUUUCCCGAACCCGGCACAGGUCACUCAGGAGAAUGACCCCCUGGGACCACUCCCUGAGGGCUGGGAGAAGCGAGUGGAUGCUAACAGUCGAGUGUACUUUGUAAACCAUAAAAACAGAACAACACAGUGGGAAGAUCCCAGGACACAGGGUAUUGUCCAGGAAGACCCCCUGCCGGAAGGCUGGGAGAUGAGGUAUACAGCAGAAGGAGUACGCUAUUUUGUGGAUCAUAAAACAAAAUCUACUACAUUCCAGGAUCCGAGAGGAGGGCCAUCCAAAGGACCUAAAGGUGCAUUUGGAGUACCCAUACAAUAUGAAAGAAGUUUCCGGUGGAAGUUGGGACAGUUCAGAUACCUCUGUUCCUCGAAUGCUUUGUCUGGACAUGUUAAAAUUACAGUAUCAAGGGACAACCUUUUUGAGGAUUCUUUUGCACAGAUUAUGAGGUUACAGCCCUACGACCUCAGGAGAAGACUUUAUAUUAUUUUCAAGGGAGAGGAAGGACUGGAUUAUGGAGGUGUAGCCAGGGAGUGGUUUUUCCAUCUAUCCCACGAUGUGCUGAAUCCCAUGUACUGCCUGUUUGAGUAUGCCAGUCACAGUAACUACAGCCUACAGAUCAACGCUGCCUCUAAUGUCAAUCCCGACCACCUUGUAUACUUUAGAUUUAUUGGACGAUUCAUUGCUAUGGCCCUGUACCAUGGAAAGUUUAUCGAUAGUGGCUUCACACUGCCGUUCUAUAAGAGGAUGCUGAACAAGAAACUCCACCUGACCGACAUUGAGACAAUAGACCCUGAGUUCUUUAACUCCCUCACCUGGAUCCAGGACAACAACAUUGAUGAGUGUGGCCUGGAGCUGUUCUUCAGUGCUGACUUUGAAGUGUUGGGCAAGAUUGAGCAGCAUGAUCUGAAGGAGGGUGGAGCUGACAUACGGGUCACCGAGGAAAACAAGGAGGAAUAUAUCAACCUGAUGACCAACUGGCGGUUCCAGAGAGGGGUGGAGGAUCAGACCAAGGCUUUCCUGGAUGGAUUCAGUGAGGUGGUGCCACUCCAGUGGCUACAAUACUUUGAUGAGAGGGAGCUUGAGUUGAUGCUGUGUGGCAUGCAGGAGGUAGAUGUGGAUGAUUGGGAGAGGAAUACUAUUUACAGACAUUAUCAAAGAAACUCCAAACAAGUUGUCUGGUUCUGGAAGUUUGUAAGAGAGAUAGACAACGAGAAACGAACAAGACUGAUGCAGUUCGUUACUGGCACAUGUCGUUUGCCAGUUGGAGGGUUUGCAGAGUUGAUGGGAAGUAACGGUCCACAGCGUUUCUGUAUAGAGAAAGUGGGCAAGGAGACCUGGUUGCCUCGCAGUCAUACCUGUUUUAACCGGCUAGAUUUACCCCCCUAUAGGACCUACGAACAGUUAGUGGAAAAAUUGACAAUGGCAAUCGAGGAAACAGAAGGUUUUGGACAAGAAUGAUGUUUAGUUAGAAAACAACUGGUGAUAAUGGACCUGUUAUGGCCAUAUUUGUACAUAAAAUCAUAACAAAAACCUCUUCUUGUUACUGUGCGAAGAUGAAGUGAAUGAAUUGUUCCUUUAUACCGUCAACUUCAUAUAACUACAUAUAUCUAAAAUGUAUCGCGUCCUUUGUGAAGCAUUUUUCUUCGUGUCUGUAGAAUCUAUUUGUAGAGGACAGAGGAGGUACUGAAAUCCAGGUGUGUAACUGACGUUGACCAGCAGUAGUAAAAUUCUAUGCAGGACACAGAUUAUCUAUAUUUGCUCAAAGUCAGCCUCCCUCUUGUUAAUGAUUCUUCUACAGAAUCUGAUUGCCUGGAGAAUUCAAAUCGGAAUUGUUUAACUUAAGAACAUAGUGUCAGUGGAAAACUGGAGUAUCAUAAACUUUGAUAGUAUGUAUUAAAGUAGGAUCAGGUCCCACUUUUAUCAGUAUUCCUAAACUUAUGGAAAUUCCCCAGCUUUAAAAUUUCCAUAGAAAAACAUUACAAAAUUUAAGGAUAAUUCCAUAACUAAGAUUCUUUCCUUAAUCAAAUAAUGUUUUAAUGAAUUAAUCAUUUUAAGUUGAGGAAUUUCCUUAAGUUUAGGAAUACCAAUAAAACAGUGGCAAGGUUGGUGCAUUUGAAAUUUUCAGGGAUGAUGGAUGCAAUCUUGUCGUGGAUUUUGAAUCAAAUUCAAUGACAUCAUAAGAAUUAUGAUUGAGAAAAAAUUGUCAAUUCCACGUAUUAAGUAAUGUUGUUUGAGGAAAUGAAAAGUGAUAGAAUGUUUUGUUGGAAAAUUAUGAAAAAAUUUCUCCCAACAUAAUUUUAAGGUCAUUCAAAAUGUGAUUAACACAAAAUGAAAUCUGAUAUAUUUUCCAAAAUGUUAUUGCUUUAUAAAAUAAAUCUUUAAAACUUUACAGUAGCAUGUGUUGCAUGAAUUUUGCGCAAAGAGAACAGGACUUUUAUCGCAUUCAAACCUCUCUUAUAAUUAUAUAACCUAUACUAGUACCCGCCCUUGUGCUGUCAAAUUAUAUAAAGGAACAAUUAGCAUGACAAGGAAAAUAAGGAGUUCUGAUUCAUUGCUGGAUAAUUAAUUUGAUAUUGAGUGAAAUAAGAACAACUGUGAAAUACUGAAUGAUCCCUAUUUUUGUAUGGAAAUGUUGCACAAUUGGGAUAACAUGGUGUUGACGUGACUGUAAUUUUGUGUAUAGUUUGUGCUAGUAUUGCACUCAGUAUAUGACCUAUAUAUAGAGUUUAUAUGGUACAUUGGGCUUUCAUGUCCAGAUGCACAGGAAAAUAUGGCAAAACCCUGUGGCAUGUGUUACAUUGAUUUUGUUGUUUUAUCCUUACUCAACUUCGUGUGUACAGUUCUAUUGUUUCCACAUAUCUCAGUCAAACAAGACAUAAUAAAUGUUAUGUUAUACUGUUAAGUGCUUGUAUUUCACAGAGCUUUAACCUUAUAAACUUAAAACUGGUUGAAGCUGUGAAACUUCCAACCUCCAUAACCUCCACCUCAAAUUAAAAUUCACUCAUGCAUAGCAAAUGGUAAAGGUAAUUUGUCAUUUUUCGUUUGAGACCUUGACAGUAGUGUGAUAGAUUUAUCAUAAAAACAGAAAUCGUAUUUUCACUCGUGUACAUCUAUACCAGUAUGUGUUUAAUUCAAGACCGAACAUUUAUAUAUAGUGUCAUUACUGUCCCUAUUCAAGGAUUUACAUUCAUUAGAAACAUCUUGAUUGAAAUUGAUACAUCUUGAAAUGUUUACCAAUGCACACAUUUAAUAGGCAGAACUGUAUACAUUGUAGUUACCUCCCCUUUUAAUUUUAGAAAAAAUUUGCAAUUAAAUUUGCCUGUUUCUGUUUUGUAUAUAUUACAACAACUGUGAUUAGUACACAGGACAAAAUAUGUUGCAAAUAUAUAUAGAUAUAUAUUGUUAGUUCUGUUAUGUUGUCAGAGUGAGUUGUCUUGUUUGUUUUAUUAUCAACAUUUCAGAAUUUUAUUUCUGUAUCAUGCACAUGUUUUGAUAAACAAGACGUAUAUCCUUAUUGUCAGGUUAUAUCUCCACGGUUUUAAUUGCUUAUCAGGGCAGUUGUGUUUUAUUAUGGUCGUAAAAGGGGAAAAAAGUGAACUUUCAUGUCUAGUAUCACCGUAUAGACAUGUAUAUUGUAAUGUGUCUGUUAGAGCCCACAACACAGGUCUAGUAGAAACCUUGAUGUGUCUUAGUCGUAUUAAGACCUGUCCUUUUACUGGAGAUUUAUACCUGGUAUAUCUAUUGUGAUCAGAGAAACUUGUCUUAUAGAGUCUAAUAGACACUAGUUAGUAAUAUCCUCAGAAUUGUACUGUUGCUUGAUCAGAGACAGACAUUGGACAUUAAAAUAUGUUUUAUGUACCGGUAUGAUAGGGUCUUGUAGAGCAUGAUAACUUAAACUGUACCCUCAUUCUCAUGUGUUGUUGUUAUGUAGCCUAGACUCAUGCAAUGUUGCCAAAUUAUUUGGAAUAGUAAUUAAUGCCUUAUGUAAACAUUAUCACAAAUACAAUUUUAACUAAAAUUCUUUUGGGAGUUUAAGAUAUUUUUAUAAUGAUCAGUUUCAUUUUCUUUAUGAUUUUUAUUUUCAAGCAGAAAGUGUAUUGAUUUUUCCCCCGAGAGGAUAUUUGUACAUGUUUGUGUAAUUUUGUAGGUUUAGGAUAAUUUUAUGUGUUAACUCACUCAUCAGCAACAGAUAUUUUGGAAUGACAGAUAGUGUAACUGGUGAUCACAACGCAAAACUUUGAAAGUUUUAACUUGAUGAAUGGGUAGAAUGGAGGCUGUGUGAAUGUGCUGAUCUUUUUUUUGAUAAGUUAUUACCUUUGGUGUGAAUGUGUAUAUGUAUUUAUGAAGUGUUGUAUACACUGUUAAACAGUGAGGUUGUUGGGAGGACUUUUUCUGUCACGUACCACACCACUCGUUCCAAGAAAGUUUAUGCAUUGACUAUAUACCAAUAUACUUAGUGAACACACAAGACUGGCAGAAACUAUUUGUAAAAUGACAUUUUUCAAGACGGUGUGUAUGGAACCCAGAGGUAACAAUCUACCUAACAACUCUUACUAAAGAAUACAGCCCAGAUUACAAAACAUGUUUGAUACAGUCAUCCCUAUAACAAUAUGUCCAAUGACUUCUGGUCUGGAUCACUGACAGUUUGCCCAAUGACUUCUGGUCUGGAUCACUGACAGUUUGCCAAGUGACUUCUGGUCUGGAUCACUGACAGUUUGCCCAGUGACCCCUUGUCUAGAUCAUCACCAGUGAACCAGUAGCUUAACAAGUAGAUAACAGCUAAUCAGGAUGGAAUAAGAUUUAACUGUAAAACUUCAGGCUGAGUAAUAUUCAAAUACACAGUACUUGUAUCAAUAUCUAUCUGAACAAUUCUGAUGUAAUAUAAAAACGAUAGUCACACCAAAUGUGCUUUCGGGUAAUUGCAGUAAAAUAAGUUUUAUCUUGUUGGGCAAGACUUGUUAAUUCAAAACAAAAGGAAAAAACUAGUAAAGUUACAAUGAUAACAUUUCUUUGUUGAACUGCUUCAUUGACUAAGAAUUUCUACGUAUGCGGAGUUAAAAUAAUCUAGUAUAUUGUGUAGACAUUUGGUAUGAAAUUCUACAUGUGAAGAAACAAAAGCUAUUAAGUUACUUGGGUAGUAAACAUUUAGAAACACAAUGUCAGAUAAAAAGAUAUUGUGAUAGAUAAUGUCCCCUUUGUUUCAUUGUUAAUGACCUCCUGUGAGUGAGUGUCCGGACUGAUGAGCCUUUUGUGUAUGUGUAUGCAUGGUGAAUAGUCGGUGUAUGCAUGUUCAGGAAUAUUCAUGCUUAGGGUGAUGAAUAUUCAGUGUGGGUGUCGAGAGUGAUUAAUCACUGUGAUGAUAACAAAUUUGUACAUACUAGAUAUGAUCUAUUCUGUCCAUGACUUCUUUGCCAGAGAUGUUGGGAGAGUGGACUUUGUGAACUGUACAUAUCUUUGCAAUAUUUAACACAGCACUGUAACUAACACAGUACUAAUGUAUCUCUCUCUACAAGUCUACUAUUCCUUGGUAGCUUUGCUUUCUCAUCAAUAAAUCUGGCAGAAUUUUCUGAUUUCCUUCUUUAUUUGUAAGAAUGAUGUGGAGUCUUAUUACCAUGAUUUCAAUUCAUACAUUUUCUUUGUCAACUAAUGAGUUGCGUGGUGAAAGAUUGGGUCCACUAUUGCUUUUCCUGUUUAAAUUGGUAAAUUUAUGUUUGAUAGAAAGUCUCAUUUAUUUAAUCGAGAGUGCAAAUGAUUCCUUUCACACAUUCACACAUAGUUAAUAAAGUCUCAAGUUUUAGCGAGAUCAUUAUCAUCAAAAAUAUAUGGCUUUCAUUGAUAUCUGCAGAUGAUAAUGGAAUAUUGAAAAAAGCUGAUGCAAAUGAAAUGAACUAAAAUAUUUUACAACAAUGUAACCAGAAUGAUUAUUAUCGUGCUUUGAUUUUAAGAAAAUUUGUAUCUUCAUUAGCUACAGACUCGUACACCUGUAGUUUUAUUUGAUUUUUGAUGGAAAGAAUAUUAAUACUUUUUGUUGGGCUAGUUGGCUUUUUAAUCAGAAGUAAUGUCAUGGCCUUUCUCUGUACACACAAAAUGUUUCAUCACAUUAAUUUGAUGCUUUUUGAUGAUCCUGUAUUUAUUUUAUAAUGCUGUAACCCAAUGGUAAGGAGACCUACAUUGAAAUCUGUCUGCCAUCACCAUUUCUAAUUGAAAUCUUGUGUGACUUUAUCUUGUAUAUAAAUAAUACACUGUACCUCGAGUACUGGUCGGUUAAUGUAGGGUUCAUUGUAGACAGGUUUUAUCUGUCAGAUUAGCACAGAGAUCAAGGAUCUGGUCAGUUUAUAUGGAGUUGUUUUAGACAGAUUUUAUUUGUUACAUACCAGUACCCUGGUCAGUUUAUGUGGGUGUUGUAGACAGAUUCCAAUGCAUUAUCAUCCUUCCUCUCCCUCUGCAUCAUCUAUUGAUUAAGAUAAAAUGUCAACAGAUAUGAUUCAGUGUUUAUAUACAUUAUGAGAACAAUAAAUUUGUGAUGAAAGCUGA